AAUAAUAAGAUCACAGAAAAGCUUCAUUGUAGCGCUGCGCAUGCGCAAGAAGCUGUGUUUGACCAGAAGACAACGUGACUUGGCGCGUCAACAAUCCCAACGGCAUGCCUGCUCGACCUUUCCACCUUCUACAACUCGUGACUUCUCCGGUACCCCUUACAAGUACGCGGUAGCGCGCCAACUUCACUGCGUUCGUUCAGCGCCCAUUUCAACUCGGAGUUUUAAACCUUCAGUCUGGUUGUCACUGUCCCAGCGCACGAUCACAAUUACCGUGUAUCAGCUGUAGUCUGCUCAGUUCUCACCGUACUGAUUCCUGAAGGCGAGCCUUAGAAUUAGAGGUGUGGGGCUCGAACACCUAAAUCAAGUUCGCCAUGUCUCAACCUCCACGGGCGACAAACGGCACAGGCUCUGCUGCCGGCGAUAGUCAUUCGCACUACACCCUGGUCUCACACACGAAGACGAAGACACCUCUUCAGCAAACGGAUAUCUCAACUCUCUCUACAUCCCGGAAGAAGACGACCAUGGAUCAAGCAACUCCAAAUCUCUCUCCAUUCUCUUCUGUACCUGACAGUCCGCGCCUAUCAGCUAAAGAUGGCAUUUCGCAUUUCCCUGUCCAGUCGUCGUCCACAUCUCGUGGACAGCCUGGCCCAGAAACCAACGACGACAAUCUGCCUGUGUCAAGAGCAACUUUACCUGGCAUAUCUCCUGCAGCUACGCUCGAAACUACCGAAGACCGUGCGACGAAACGACCAUUCAAACGAACUCGAGCAGAGGAGGAUGAUCAUGAAGGUUCCUCACCAGUACCCAAAAAGCCGACCAGAGAGGCAGAGAGGAAGGCGGUCAAGACAGCCCCUCGUAACACCGAAGCACCAAACGAGACUACUGUAGACGACCACGUCCAUACUUUAGCCGAGGAUGGCGUGUCUUCUGCAGAUAAGCUUACUAAGCCAGAGAAGUCAGUCAAGAAGUCGAAGAUAAGAUCAAAGACUGGACCGAAGAAACCGGCUGCUACUUCGAAACUGGGGCGUGCCUGCGACACCUGCAAGAGACGCAAGGUGAAAUGUAAACAUCGUCUUGUCGAGGAAGGGACUGGUGAUGAAGACUAUCCACCGAAGAAGCCGAGCCUAAAGGGAGGUAUGGAUGAGGCAAAGAAAAAAACGAACCCCACGCAAAUCGAUGAGGAGGAUGGGUUAGCGGACACGGGAGCAUCGGAACCAAAGCAGGCAGUAACCCAAGUGGGUGGUACGGACCACCUCGAUGUGCCGAUUGAACAAGAGUCGACCAAGAAAUCCAAAGCAAAGAAGAAGGAUGUGCCAAAGAAAGCUCGAGCUCCACCAGAACGUACCAGCACACGCAACCGCAAAGCGCCCGAACGGUUCGAAGUCGUUGAAGAGAAGCCGCCAGCCAAAGCAUCCCCAGGAAAGAAAGGUGCUAGCAAAGUCUUUGACCCAGUCUACAUCACUACAAACUCGACCGGUCGCCUGGGUAAAGCCGACAUGUAUCACAUGCUGCUUGAAGACGAGGCAUGGACAAAUCUGUCAGCCGAGCAGCAGGCUACGCUUGUCUCUAUGCUUCCAGAUACCGCAGAGACCCAGCAGCUUCUAGCCAAGAUCAAGGCAGGCGAGACGGAGGACACUCGACCGCAGAUUUUCAAGGCGAACGUCUGCUUCCGCACCGAGGUUGCGAAGUUCCAGGCGGACCUGACGAACGGACAUCUGGCGAAGACGUGGCAAGCAGUUGCGGAACAGGCCGUCAUCGAGCGCGCAGCGGGCGAGUACGAUGCUUGGAAGGCUGAGGAGGCGGAGCUGUGGUGGGGCCAGAAGAGCAAGUAAUGAUUUAGUCAACAUCUAAGCAGUCCAGACGGAGUAGGAAGCAUUGUGUAAGGGCAUCGAGCUCUGGUGCUAUUAAAGCUGUGAAGAGAACCACAUGAUAAGUAGACUAUUGCUUGAAUUCACAGAAGCAACAGUCCGAUGUGAAAGGA